UGUUGUGUUGUGACUAAAGUAAGGUUAGGUUAUCAAAAUCAAAGUUAAAAGUUAUGACACGUUCUAAAAGCUAAACAAUGAGAUUAAUACACAGUCAAUAAAACGUUCUCAUCGUACGUUUGAUCUUGAUGAUUUCAUUUUGCUCUCUUGUAAAGUAUGCCUGAGUUUAUGCGCCUACCCAAGAGAUAUGGAAUUAACUUGGGAAGAUUUGGUUGAGUUACCAGCAGAUCCUCCCUCUAAACGCGAGAUUUGUGACAAAUGCAGGCGACCCAGUAUUGUGUGUUGGUGCUCACAUCUUCCUGAUGAACCACUCAACCCCAAUUGUCGAGUAAUUCUUCUGCAGCACCCAGCAGAAGAGAAGAGAUGCCUUAGAACUGCACCAAUGUUAAGCUUAGGACUAUCACCAGGAAAAUGCCUUAUAUACAAAGGGAAAAAAUUCCCCCAACAAAGGCAUGAAGGUUUACACGAUAUUCUGGUGGAUCCGAGGUCUGUGUUGCUCUAUCCAAGCAAAGCUGCCACUACGCUAGGUGAUCUGCAGAGGGAACGGCCGACCAAUCUGGUCAUCAUUGAUGGCACCUGGCCACAAGCCAAAACCAUUUACAAUAAUUCCCCUCUACUGCACUCUAUGACUCAGGCUAAGCUGGUGGUUGGGACAAGCAGCGAGUAUGUGAUCCGCAGUCAACCCACGGACGGAUGCCUCUCCACUCUGGAGACGGCCGCAGAGGCCUUGGCUGCUGUAGAGGGUUCAGACAUGUACAAACAUGAACUGACACGUCCGUUACGAGCACUGUGCGACUACCAGCUGUGCCACGGAGCCGUCACCCAUCAGAGCAAAGAGUUCCGCAUCAAGAACCAAACUUACCCUAAACUUAUAGGGAAACGGCUGAGCAAACUGUUACGUUCAACUGAGAAUGAUCAAUAAAGUUUGUACAGAGCCACAAUUGUGAA